UCCGGUGUCUCCCGGUCCCUCUGGGUGACAGUAGAUAUACCAAGUGUGAGCUGAGCCGAAAGAGACUCACCGAGCAGAGCUGAACUUGGCUUUGCCAUCUUGGAGCAGGGUGCCGAGUCUAGGGAGAUAGCUGUCUUGUGGCAAGGCCAGCUGGAAAACCAUUGGUGAAGUAGAUGGAGGCUGGCUGCCUCCCUGGGGAGCCCCCUGCGCACCACGGGCCGCGCACCGAGCCUGGCCAGUAGGGUGACUGUCCUCUCCCAAGGUGCUGCUGAGUUGAGGGGAGGGGUUCCAGAGAACAUCUCGUAAUCCCAUCCUUCCGUUGCCUCCGAGGGAGCCCUCAGUGGCAGAAGCAGCCCAGAGCCCAGACGGUGCCCUGCCAGUUUAAAGACCUUUAAAGGGACCAGCUUUGCCUUGCCAAGAUGGUAGACACCGAGAGUCCAAUCUGCCCCCUUUCUCCACUUGAUGAUGGUGAUCUGGAAAGUCCGCUCUCUGAAGAGUUCCUCCAAGAGAUGGGGAGCAUCCAGGAGAUCUCUCCAUCCCUUGGUGAAGACAGCUCUGGGGCCUUUGGUUUUGCAGAGUAUCACUGCUUGGGAAGUGGUCCAGGAUCUGACGGGUCCGUCAUCACAGACACCCUUUCCCCAGCGUCCAGUCCUUCAUCUGUGAGCUACACCCCAGCUGCGGGCAAUGCUGAUGACUCUUCCAGUGCUACGUUAAACAUCGAGUGCAGAAUUUGUGGGGACAAAGCCUCUGGCUACCAUUAUGGUGUGCAUGCCUGCGAAGGUUGUAAGGGGUUUUUCCGGAGGACCAUUCGCCUUAAGCUGGCCUAUGACAAGUGUGAUCACAGCUGUAAAAUUCAAAAAAAGAAUCGUAACAAGUGUCAAUAUUGCCGUUUCCAGAAGUGCCUUUCAGUUGGAAUGUCACACAAUGCCAUCCGUUUUGGGAGAAUGCCGAGGUCUGAAAAAGCGAAAUUAAAAGCAGAGAUUCUAACAUGUGAACACGACCUAGAAGAUGCAGAAGUUGCAGAUCUCAAGUCUCUGGCCAAGCGCAUUUAUGAAGCCUACCUGAAAAACUUCAACAUGAACAAGAUCAAGGCCAGAAUCAUCCUGGCAGGGAAAGCCAGCAACAACCCACCUUUUGUCAUCCAUGACAUGGAAACCCUGUGCAUGGCAGAAAAGACACUAAUGGCCAAGCUGGUGGCCAACGGGAUCCAGAACAAGGAAGCAGAGGUCCGGAUCUUCCACUGUUGCCAGUGCACCUCUGUUGAGACUGUCACAGAGCUGACGGAGUUUGCUAAAUCAAUCCCCGGCUUCGGCAACCUAGACCUGAAUGACCAGGUGACUUUGUUAAAGUACGGGGUCUAUGAAGCCAUGUUUACAAUGUUGUCAUCAGUGAUGAACAAAGAUGGGAUGUUAGUGGCCUAUGGGAAUGGCUUCAUAACUCGUGAGUUCCUGAAAAGUUUAAGAAAACCAUUUUGUGACAUCUUGGAACCUAAAUUUGAUUUUGCCAUGAAGUUCAAUGCCUUGGAACUUGAUGACAGCGACAUUUCCCUUUUUGUGGCUGCUAUCAUUUGCUGUGGAGAUCGGCCGGGUCUCUUGAACGUGGGACACAUUGAGAGGAUGCAGGAGAGCAUCGUGAACGUGCUCCAGCUUCACCUGCAGAACAACCAUCCUGACGAUAACUUCCUUUUCCCCAAGCUGCUCCAGAAGAUGGCCGACCUUCGGCAGCUGGUCACAGAGCAUGCUCAGCUGGUACAAGUCAUCAAAAAGACUGAAUCUGAUGCCGCCCUGCAUCCUUUGCUGCAAGAGAUCUACAGGGAUAUGUAUUGAGUUUUUUAGGGUUUUUUUUAAGACAGCAUUUUUUCAGAAUAUUUAAAGCCAACAGAAAUAUUAAUGAUAGAUGGGAGCAAAAAGACUUUGCACAAAUGUCAGCUGUGUUUUAAUCCUAGAACAUGGAAAUCAAUCAUGAUCCAGACAGCUGGAGUGCCACAUUUCUAUUGGUUCUUGAAACAGUAUUUCAGAGAGUUUGCCAAGUAUCCAAAAGCUGAUGAUGAGAGGGUCUUGGAUAGUCAGGGUAGAAUUGGGGGAUUCUGUCUGAUUCUGUUAAGGCACAUGAUUUUGAUCAAAUGCAGAUUUAUUUAUAUUAUUUGAUUUAGUAUUUGGUUAAUUGGUAACCUCAUAAUACGGACUUUGUUAGUUCUGCUUAUCGCCUUGGGUUCUCAUGCUCAUUCUAUGCUAGUCUGGAUAACAAUGGAGCCUUCCUGAAAAUGUCCUCAAGUCAUAAUUGGAGUGGAUGGAAGGCUGGGGUGCUCAACAGGCAGCAAAGGAUUUCUUAGAAAGAUUUCACUUCCAUCAGAAUUUCAAUGAGUAUCAUGGUACCUUUUUACCUUAAGAUCUUUCCAAAAGGCUUUUUUUUUUAAAUUAGUCAAAAAUCCACAGGCUGCAUUAGAUAUCUACAUUUGCAGUUGUUGAGAUUGUGCCAAGACGGCUGAUCUCACAUUUAUGCAGCAAACUCCAGAACAGUGUUCUCCACGCCAACACAGAAAGGGCUGAUUUGCAGAAUCUAGAAGGGCUUCAGUGCUUAACAGCACAGAUUCUGAAACUGCUUUUUGGGUCAGCAGGAACUGAGUGACAUCUGAAUCUUAGAAUGUGACUCUUAGGGCUAGAAAGGACCUAAUUAUCUCAUCAGGCCCUUUUCAUCUUACAGCCAGCAAAUGCAAAGUCCUGGAGGGGAGGGGCUCUUCCAACUCUGCCCUUCUGCUUCCCUCUCCAGGGCCAUUCAGUCUUCCUCAUGGGAUCCAGCCAACACACCACACCCUUCUCUUGUUCUUCACUCUCUUCCCACCUGGGCUUGCUACCUGACUGACCUGCCUGGGGUCUGGUCACAUCUCUCCUGGACAAUGCUUCUUUGGGAUUGGUUUGUUUUGCCAGGUCUUAUAAACCAGUCCUUCUCCUGCCCCUCUUGAAUCUUUCCCCCACCUUUGGACCCAUCAGUACAAAUUGCCUCCUCCCCAGAGAUGAACCAGCAUGCUUUGGACUCAACUGACCAUGGCAUACACCUAGGGAUUCGUUCUUAACAUCCUAUCCACCUUUCCCUUUCUUUUCCCUUGUCUGCAUUUUGUCAAGGUGGCUCCUUUGCUCCUUUUUUCUACAACCUCGCAACCUAUUUGUUUUUGGUUUUUGGUAACAAACUCCCUAGGAGAGAAAAUGAAGCCAGUUGGAUUUAGCAUGCCAGGAUGUUGGGUGGCCUGGCCAUCUUACCUUAGGGCCAUACAGUUCACUGACAGAAAUGACCUGGGGAAACAAGAUGAUUCUUAAGAAUAGACAGUGGCUUCUGCUUACUCUCAGGGUUUAACAAUGUCUUGGCUAUUUCGGGAGAUGUUGAGUGAGCACAGCCUCCUUUUAUUUGCCAUGUUGAACUAUUCCUGGAAUCCCUUCUCCAGCAGCCACAGAAAUGUUGAUCACAAGAAUUAAAGAUCACAUUGUACA